CGGCCGCGCGGCGUGCCUGCCCUGACGCGGGGAGAGCUGGACGCCAUGGCGUGAGCACUGUACCCUCUCCUGCCGGUGACAUGCGGCGUCCGUGGUGGCGGCUGCCGCUGGCGCUCUGCCUGCUCGCGCUGGCCGGCUACGCCGCCGGCGUCGAGGACAAGCCGCUCACCGACCUGCUGCGCGAGAUGAACCAGAAGCGUAACCGCAGCGGCACGGCCAGCGACGCGCGCGGCCACCCGCCCUACAGCCGAGACCCGCUUAUAGUGGAGACGCGCGACGGCCUGGUGCGCGGCUUCCGCAAGGAGGUGUUUGGCAAGAGCCUGGACGUGUUCUACGGCAUCCCGUUUGCGGAGCCGCCCGUCGGUGAGCUGCGCUUCAAGAAGCCGAUCCCGGUGGCGCCGUGGGAGGGCGUGUACAACGCGACCACGCUGCCCAACACGUGCCCGCAGGAGACGUUCAGCUACUUCCCUGGCUUCCGCGGCGAAGAGAUGUGGAACCCGAACACUCCGCUCUCCGAAGACUGCCUCUAUCUCAACAUAUGGGUGCCGUCCGUCUUUCGGCAGCCGGUGACGCCUAAGACGGAGGUGCUCGUCUGGAUCUACGGCGGCGGCUUCAUGAGCGGCACGUCCACGCUGGAGGUGUAUGACGCUGACAUCCUCUCCAUCGAGUCCAACCUCAUCGUGGCCUCCAUGCAGUACCGCGUGGGCGCGUUCGGCUUUCUCUAUCUGGGACAUCCGGAAGCUCCUGGCAACGUCGGCUUGUUCGACCAGUCGCUGGCGCUGAAGUGGCUGAAGGACAACAUCGCCUUCUUCGGAGGCAAGCCAGAGUCGCUGACCAUCUUCGGGGAGAGUGCAGGCGCAGCCUCCGUCAGCGUGCACUUCCUCAGUCCUUACAGCCGCGAGUACGUGAGCCGAGGAAUCAUGCAGAGCGGCACGAUCAACGCGCCGUGGAGCAUCAUGACCAAGGAGAAGGCGUUCCGGGUGGGCAGCACGCUGGUGGACGACUGCGGCUGUAACGCCUCGCGGAUCACCGACCAGAUGGACGCCGUCAUAGAGUGCAUGCGCACGGUGCCCUGGCAGGACCUGUCGGCCAAGCAGUGGAACUCGUACGGCGGCAUCCUGGACUUCCCGUCGGCGCCCACCAUCGACGGCGACUUCCUGCCCAAGCACCCCAUCGACAUGCUGAAGGAGGGCGACUUCCGACACACCGAGCUGCUGCUGGGCAGCAAUAAGGACGAGGGUACGUACUUCAUCCUCUACGACUUCAUACAGUUCUUCAAAAAGGACGACCCAAGCUUCCUGGAGAGGUCCAAGUUUUUGGAAAUUAUUGAAGCCAUCUUUGGGUCUUGGGAGGAAAUGGAGAAGCUGGCCAUUAUAUUCCAGUACACCGAUUGGGACCAUAUUGACGACGGAUAUCUCAACCAGAAGAUGCUGGGAGAUGUGGUUGGGGACUACUACUUUGUGUGCCCCACGAACUACUUCGCGCAGUCUUUCGCUGCACAGGGCAUGAAUGUCUACUACUACUUUUUCACGCAGCGCACCUCGCUGAACCCGUGGGGAGACUGGAUGGGCGUGAUGCACGGCGACGAGAUUGACUACGUGCUCGGCAACCCCAUCAACCAGAGCCUGCACUACACGGCGGCCGAGGCCAACCUCAGCCGACGCAUCAUAGAGCACUACGCCAACUUCAUCCGCACGGGGAGCCCCGUCCGUGAGGGCGUCAGCUGGCCAAUAUACUCCCGAAACCAGCCGCAGUACUACAUCUUCGACGGACGCGUGCGGGGGCUGGGCAACGGGCCGCGCGCCACCGGCUGCGCAUUCUGGAACGAGAUGAUGCCCAGCCUGCGGGAGACGCUGCAGCGGCCCCAGCCCGGGCGCGGACUACUGCGGCGUCGGCCCUCCGCGGGGGAGGCGGCGCUCUCCGCCUGGUGGGCCGUACCCUGGAUCGUCAGUCUCAUCGCCUUCAUGGCCUGA